AAUAAAUUGUGAUACUUUUCCUUAAUUCUCUUCGAAGAAACCCUUGGCCAGAUCCUCCAUUUUCAUGCUAAUCAAACACAGCCCAAGGUUACAAAUAAAAUUCAAUAGAUUCAUAGAAGAUUGAAAGCUUAAAGGAGGGUGAUUAAUGGAGGAUUUUGAGAAGAAGGUCUCGAUUUCAGAAUCUGCGAGUGAGAUUCAAGUUGAAGAAGAUGAAAGAGAGUCCGAAAUCAACAGGUCCUCCAAAACUACGGUGGCGUUGCUCCGCCGAUUCCUCUCCGUUCAGCAGCGCCGAGCCCUCGCUUAUGCCCGCCUCAAACGGUACCUUUGCAGUGAGAUAACUCUCGAAUUUAACGAUUGUUCGAAACAGGUCCUCGAAAUGGAAUCUUUAUUCGUCAGCCCCGAUUGUUGCAGGGAGGAUCUAGCUAACUUACUCAAAUCGGUUCAAGCACAAGAAAAGGAGAAAUUGCAUUUAACAGCCACAAUUCAAGUGCUGAAGAAAUCGGGUCGCCCUUCUGAACGUUUGGUUAGCCACGAGAAUUGCACAAUAAGACAAUCAACGGGGCACGAGUGCAUGCACAUCCAGCAAAUUACGGAAGCUUCCGGAACAGAAGAGGCGGAAGCCGAUGCACAAUAUGAUAGUGCUCUCAAAGAAGCCAUUAAAGGGGUACAAGAUGCUGUCGUUGCCAUUAAUGAAUACCUCGAAGAAAUCAGGUACGAGAUUGCUGCACUUGAAGCUGAAUAAUUAACCUUUUUAGUUGCGUAAACUAGAUAGAAUUUUCGGUUUUGAAAAUGUAUUUUUUAUUUUUUUUGGAGAAUUUUAUUCUGGAAUGUGAAAUUCAAAUAAUUAUAUAUUUAUAUGUACAUGAGUCUAAUUUGCUGCUUCGCAUCAUAUGAGUGGAAAUUGGAACGGAAUUUUGCGGAUUUUGUCUAUUUCGAUCCGAAUAUAUCCAUUAUAGAACAAUAUUUUUCAUUCCGAAUUCCAAAGUUUUGAUUCCCGGUUUUUUAA